UUGUAUGAACAUAUUCGCGAUUGAUACAUUUUUCUAUGUAUUCUGUACAUACAUACGAAUGCAUUUUCGGAUACUUGGCUACCAUUUUGAAAACGUCGUUUGCGCUUCACACGACGAGACGAGAGAGAAGAUGCGCAAGUGCAUACGGAGACAUCAAGAAUUGAUUGAGUUAGUAAACCAACUGGAGACAUUGUAUUCAAAAUCGACUUUAUUCAAUAUACUGAGUAGUUCGCUUUUAAUUUGCUUAAGUGGAUUCAAUAUUACGAUCGUAGCAGAGACGACCGCAAUACUGGCGUUCAUACCGUUCCUCGUGGUCAGCCUUACGCAGAUAUCCCUCACAUGCUUCUACGGAGAUAUGCUAAUGGCCUCGAGUACUAAGAUGCGCGACGCAGUAUAUAACUGUCGAUGGUACGACGCCCCUCCAGAUAUCAAGAAAAGUGUAUUCCUCGUGCAAUUUAGAGCUAGUAAGCCUUGUAAGGUGACUGCUGCAAACUUCGCUGUGCUUAAUUUGACCGCUUUUACAACUGCUAUACAAAAUGUCACGUUUGCGAUCACGUUCCUCGUGUUUCUGACUGCGAGUUUACUACAAAUAUAUUUACUUUGCUUCUUUGGUGAUCUUCUGAUGAAAUCUAGCAUGGAAGUAAAGGAUGCUGUAUAUAACUGUAAAUGGUAUUACCUAAAUGCUAAAAUGCGGAAAAUAUUGAUAAUCGUACACAGCAGAGCUCAAAAACCUUGCAAGCUGACUGCCUUCGGGUUCUCUGACGUCAAUCUCAGGGCUUUUAUGAGUAUAUUAAGCAGCUCCUGGUCAUAUUUCGCUCUACUCAAAACCAUUUACAAUCCAACUAAAAAUUAG